AUGCACGACGUGACGGACGUGGACGAGCCAUUCCUCGUGGCCGGUUCGGCCGACGAUGUGGCGCGCGCCACGCGCACACAUGUGCAGGGCCACUGGCGCAUCAGCGUGCGCAAGCUGCCGAUCUCGCGGGCGGCAGCGAUCGAUGCACUGACGGCGCACAUCGGCAUUCCGAUCCCGGAGAUGAUCUUUGGCGACAACGAGGUGGCGCUGUGCCACGUGCCAACGGGCUGGACGAUACGGUUCUGCGCAGCCGACGCGCUCGAUGCCGUCGACAAGACCGGCCGCGACCGCCUGCAGGUGGCCCACGCCGGCGACUGGGCGCGCAGCCGCGAGACGAGCGCAGCGGCCGGCAUCGCCGACGUGCGGCCGUACGACUGGAGCUACUCGACCACGUAUACCGGGACAGAGGGGUGGGAGGACAAAACAGACGGAACAGACGGACAGCCACAACCACCCAAACCGCACCUCUCGCCCUCUUCGGCUGCUCUCCCUCUCGACCUCCUCCGGCGCCGUGACCCGAUCGUCUUCCACGACGACGUCAUCCUCUACGAGAGCGAGCUCGACGACAAUGGCAUCUCCGUGCUGCGUGUCAAGAUCCGCGUCAUGCCACAACGGCUCCUCCUGCUGUGCCGCCUCUAUAUGCGGCUGGAUCACGUGAUCGUCCGUGUCCGCGAUACCCGCGUCUACGUCGACUUUGCUUCGGAUCGCGUCCUGCGCGAAUACACCGCCCGCGAGGCCCCCUUUGCCGCCGUCCAGCAGAGCCUCGCCCUGCGUGGCCUGCGGCCCGAUGCCGUCGUUGUCGCCAUGCGCGAUGCCGACCGCGUCGCCGACCUGCUGCCCGUCGUCCACCACAGCAUGGAAGAGGUCGACCUCGGCCAGGCUGCUCUCAACGGAGACUCGUUCGGGCCACCCGAGCAUUCUGGGACUGCAUAA